AUCGUUCGUGUUAUUUGUGAAACCAGGACAUACCAGUCACUGGAAUUAAAUGUUAAAAAGUCAACAAUUUAAGUAUAAUGAUUUUAAAAUCAGUCUUUGUUUAAUUUUAAUUCAUGCUAUUAAAAAAUUCAGUAUUAUUUUCUAUUAGAAUGCGAUAAAAAAGUUUCUUUCUUAACAAAACAAAACUAACUCUUCAUGAAUUGCAUGAUUUAGAUUUUUUAAAUUUUUAUGUGUGAAAAAUGAUCACCGUUAAAAAUAAGGAAAAGGAGACGGUGGGCCUAAAAAGAGAAUUGGGACUUUUCAGUGCAGUGAGUUUAAUUGUGGCUGUUAUGAUAGGUUCCGGUAUCUUCAUAUCGCCAGCAAGUGCCUUUGAACGAUCAGGAUCAGUAGGCCUCUGCCUAAUUGUCUGGAUUAUCUGCGGCUUCUUAUCUCUCCUAGGAGCCCUAGCAUUCGCCGAGCUAAGUGCAGUAGUUCCUCGUUCCGGAGCAGAAUAUGCAUAUUUUAUGGAUGCCUUCGGACCAUUACAUUGCUACUUCGGUCAGUUGCCUUCCUUCAUCUGUUCCUGGGUAUACGUCAUAGUCCUGCGUCCUGCGGAAGUAGCAGUAGUGAUCCUCACCUUUGCAGAAUACACUGUUCAGCCAUUUUCUAGUUACAUGCCCGACCUCCCACAUGAGUCCAAGCAGCGACUAAAGAAACUGAUUGGAAUCCUGGGUCUCGGAUUAUUAACCUACAUUAACCUAAGCAGCGUCAAACUCUAUUUGAAAGUCCAAAACGUAUGUACUAUCUGCAAAGUGGCAGCUUGCAUCCUGGUAAUAAGCGGAGGAAUUUACUGGUUGGCCACUGGACAUACAGAAUUGCUCCAAGAUCCAUUUAAAGGUACAACAUCCUCUCCGGGUAGCAUAGCCUUGGCCUUCUACAGUGGCCUUUGGGCCUACGAUGGCUGGACUUCAGCCACAGUUGUUACGGAAGAAGUGAAGAAACCAGAAGUUAACAUCCUGAGAAGCAUCUUGAUUGCCGUACCAACUAUCACAUUACUUUAUGUUGCCAUGAAUCUUAUGUACAUGACGGUUCUAUCCGUACCAGAAAUGACCUCAUCUGAUGCAGUGGCUCUUACCUGGGCCAAUAAAGCCUUACCAGCCUGGCUGGGAAUCGCCAUCCCUCUGGGUGUCGCUUUUUCUACCUUCGGAUGUGGUCUUAGUCUUCAAUUCGGAGUCUCCCGAUUGUGUUAUGUAGCCGGUAGAGAAGGACACGUACCAAGGUUUUUCAGCUUCGUACACUACAGCAAGAUGACUCCAGCAGCUGCAGUUGCCCUUCAAGGAUUUCUUGCUCUACUCUGCAUUCUGGCAGGAAACAUUAUCGAGCUGAUAGAAUUCGCCAGUUUUCUUACUUGGGUCUUCUAUGGUCUGGCUAUGGUUGCACUCAUUAUUAUGAGGAAGACGAAACCUGAUAUUCAUAGACCAUAUGCAGUUCCAAUCGUCAUUCCUUGGUUGGUUCUGUUCAUCUCACUCUUUUUAGUCAUUGCUCCUAUUAUCAAAGAUCCAUCGCCCAAGUAUCUCUUCGCUGUGAUAUUCAUCCUCUUCGGAGUUGGUGUCUAUCAUAUUUUUGUCUACAAACGAAGAAAAAGUGACUUUUCAGCAAAACUGUCGAACCUGGUUCAAAUCCUAUGCUUAGUAGUGCCACCUGAAAGCGAUGAACCAAGCCAAGAAAAAGAAAAUCCAGAAAUUUUAGGAAAUUUUUGGCCAAGACCAGAAAGAUCUACCUAUCCAAGAAAGAAAUGAUCAAACAAGCUAGCUACAUUAUUGUUUGUAUACAAUGUUUAAAGUUUUAUACGUGUAACUGCGGACUCUACUAAGCAGAAAAAUCAUUCGUUUUAAGACACAAAUUUUAAGACAAUUUUAAAAUAUUCUCGAACGCAUGUACAUAAUUUUGCAAUGCGAUGGGUAAGGAUAUUUUUAGUAGUAGCAUAAAAACUCCAAAGAAAUUUUUUAUAAUUUAAUUUCUUAGUAUAAGAGGAAUUCACAAAUAAUAUUUUCGUACAUUGUUCGGUUUCUUAGUCUAUUUUUUAAUAUAAAAAGACACUUGAUAUAUUAUUGAAAUUUUCACCAGGCUAGAAAUGGAACACAGUAUAAGAAUGGAAGUUAUUCAGCUGAGUUUUGUUUAAAGAGUUUAUUCAAUAACUUCAAGGACAAAACAAGUUUCAAUGUAUAGUUCAUUACUAUUUACAUUUACCACUUAUAAUAAAUGCAGCCCUGUA